AUGAUAGGAGUAAGCUGGUGGCUGGCUGCACAGUUAUUGGCAUCUUACCCAAUGAGAGUGAAUAAAUUUAGGACCCUCUGCCUCAUGAGCAACAGACUUGUCAAAAUUCUGGAAAAGGAAGAAGUUGUUGGAGUCAGCCACAGGAAGAUGAGGAAAUAUAACAUCCGUGUUGAAGACAUAAUGGUAAGAGACAUCCACUUUGUCAUUGUAAACUGCAAGUAUAGAGACCUGCAAGAUCUCCUUGACUGCACAAAACUCAAACACCUUCCUCUUGUUGAGUCAGCAGACUCCAUGAUUCUGCUGGGCUCCAUUGAAAGGAGUCAGCUGCAAAGUCUUAUUGAUGAUCAGUUGAGUCGACGGCGGAGGAUGGACUAUCUGAAGGAGAAAGCUCAGAACGAGAAGAAGGUGGAUGCUGACAGCCACCGAAUUAUCAAUGAAGGAAUUAAAGAUGUGCAUGAUUCUGGGGUCAGAUUUGAGGUUGGUACCGAGGAGUCAUCAUUUUCUCCAACUCGAAAUGGAUCACAGAAACCAUUGAAACCAGCAUUAAAACGAGUUCCAAGUAGUUCUCAUGAUAUUGCAUCAGGAACAGGUCCCCUGGAUCAAACAGGAAUUGCACUGAAAAGCCUGUUCUGUGUGAACCCAAUGGAUGAACCAGGAGAGACUCACACCAUGUUCUCUCUCUUGGGACUUAACCAUGCUUACGUCACCAGCAUUGGAAAGCUAAUAGGAGUGGUAGCUCUCAAAGAGUUGAGAAAAGCCAUCGAAGGAUCAGUCACAUCGAAAGGUGUGAAGAUGCGUCCACCAUUGGCUAGUUUCAGGGAAAGUGGCAAUAGCAGCAGUGAGUCAGAUACCACAGAGAUUCACAAACUGUGGGACAGAAGGGAGAGCCUUACACUUCCCCGUGAAUCCAGUCCAUCAGACACAGAUGACAAAUCACACUGA